AUGGCGACAGCGGGAUGAGAGGGCUUUGUUCUCAGGCUACAUUCGGUGUCCCUAUCCCCCUGCUGUGCGACCUCAUCUUCCGGAGCGGGUCAUGCGACAGUUUGGGUAUAUACAGACGAUCCCGCGCCACCCUAGUGAGAUGGAUAGAUCUCCCGCAGCUGAGGCUGUUGAUGCGGCAUUCGCAGGUUAUGUGCAGUACUUGUUCCCUGAGGGCGACCCUGCUAUAGAGGAGGGACAGGCUGUGGGCGGUUACAUGGAUUGGUACGCUAGAGUGUCUCAUUGUUUCAUCAUACCGGAUGAGAGGAGGAUUGAUCUCAGUGCCGUGGCUGCUUUGCGUAGGGCUUUAGAAGUCCUUGAGUUGUCACUUGAGGUGGAUGAUGCUUUGCUGCCAGGCACACAGGCCCGCGCUUUAACGGAGAGAGCACUUCGCAUCCUCCAGGACUUGGCUGGGACACAGGGCAUUGCUUACGCUGCUGGGAGAGGAGGUCUGGGAGCAGGUGGCCGAGUAGGUGGCCGAGCCGGCGGCCGAGCAGGUGGCCGGGAGGGCGGCAGGGCAGGAGCCAGGGGAGGUCGUAGGGGUAGGGGAGGUCGUCGGGGUAGGGGACAGUAGGGGACAUUAGUUGUA